AUGUCGUUGACCCUCACGCGCCACUGCGCGCGAUUGACAACACGGGCCGCAAGGCAUAACCUACUCUCGCUCAGAUGCGCGUCGACCGUGGCGCCGGAGCACUCUGAUGUGGUCAUCGUCGGAGGCGGGCCUGCGGGUCUCGCGCUUGCAAGCGCGUUAGCAUCCUGUAGGAAUGUGCGCGAGAAGCUGCGUAUAACACUCGUCGAGGCAGGGGACCUGUCCAAAGUCCGAGCCUGGACCCAGCCUGAGGGCUAUUCCAACCGCUGCGUUUCGUUGACGAACGAUUCGACACGGUUCCUUCGAGACAUCGGCGCGUACUCUCAUGUCGACGAGCAGCGUACUUGUCCUGUCGAGGAACUUCAGGUUUGGGAUGGCAUUUCGGACGCCAGGAUACAAUUCUCCGUCACUGACCUCUACAACGACGCGAGCGAGUGCGACUUGCAGGGUAUGUCCCGCAUCAUCGAGAACCUGAACCUGCAACGCGGACUCUUGCGCCAUCUCGACACUUUCCCCGACAUUCAGCUUUUGGAUAAGACGAAGGUGCAAACCAUCACCCCCGACGAGGGUGCUACCGGCAGCUGGCCGAUACUCCACCUCGACAAUGGACGCUCUAUCCGCGCCAGGCUCUUGAUUGGCGCCGACGGCAUGAACUCUCCCGUCCGCAACUUUGCUGGCAUUGACACCUUCGGCUGGUCGUACGACACCCAAGCCAUCGUCGCCACCCUCUUCCACCCCCCGCGCGGCGCAUACCAGCCCCCCAACACCACCGCAUAUCAGCGUUUCCUGCCCACUGGACCCAUCGCCUUCCUCCCACUCUCCCCCACCGCCUCCACCCUCGUCUGGUCCACCCGCCCCCACAUCGCUAGCGCGCUCACGAAAGGCGACCCCCAGGCCCUCGGGCAUAUGAUCAACGCGGCAUUCCGCUUGCCUGCUCUCUCGAUGGACUACCUGGCGACGCGCGUCGUGGAGGCGUUCAAUGCUGACACGCCGCUUACCGUAAACCAGAUCGCGGAGGAGAUUGCGUGGCGUGAGAGGUCGCAUGCAAUUGACCAGCACUCGGCGUUCUCGUCGGCGGUGGUGACGACUGAGGGGACUAUGCCGCCUGCGGACGCGGAGAUGGUGCCGCCGCCAGUGACGAGCAUACAGCCUGGCACCGUUGCAUCGUUCCCCUUGAUCUUCCGCCAUGCGCAGACUUACCUCGGCGAGGGUGCUGGAGCGCGCACUGUCUUGGUCGGCGACGCGGCCCAUCGCGUGCACCCCCUUGCUGGGCAGGGAUUAAACCUCGGGCUAGCAGAUGUUGCGUGCCUUGCGCGUGUCAUAGAACGCGCUGUCUCUGUUGGUGGCGAUAUUGGUUCCUAUACAUCCCUUCUCCCUUACGCGCAGGAGCGCUACUUUGAGAACCACAAGCUCAUGUCUGCCAUGGACAAGCUUCACAAGAUCUACACUACGGACCUCGCCCCUGUCGUCUGGGCGCGCUCGGUCGGUGUGGAGGUGCUAAACGAGCUGGACACCAUCAAGGCGGCGAUGAUGCUCUCAGCAGGUUCGUCGCCGAGGCCCAGGCCCACAGAGGCAAAUCCUGCGGCAACUGCGUGGGGUGUCGUGGCCUCGGGCUUGGAGAAUCUGAGUACGGCUGUUGGGGUGGCACGCACGCUAGGUGGUGGAAUCCCGGGAGUUGUAGCUACAGGUCUGCAGGGGGUGCUGAGGGGCUUCGGGCAGAAGCAGUAGCAUAUCUGAUUCAUUCCAUCUCAUCUCCCAGCAAACCUUGGAUAUCUUCCAUGCGCCAUCUGUGGCACCAACCCUCA